AACUUCGGUAAAGUCGGGACGCUCGGCGGGAAUAUAAUUUAAUGUAAAAGUGCUCGCUGUUUUUCUCUAUUAGAAUAGUCUAGGUUGUUGUCGUGGAACAUCGAAAUAUAAGAAUGUUCAAUUUACUGGACGAAGAGGCUCUUUCACAACUGAAUCAAAGCAAAGUCUACUUGGAAUGCGGAAAAUACAAAAAUACCACCCCAGGAUAUUGUCCGGAGGUGUUCGACACAUUGGUGUACCUCUGGGCGGGUAAAGAAAUUUGCUGGGCGGAAACUCCGCCGGGCACAAUAGCGAACCAUUCUUGCCCGGCUAUAAGUAUAUUUAAUCAAUCGGAAUCCAUGUUCAAAGAAUGUCUACAAAAUGGAAGUUGGUAUAUGAACAACAUGUCAAUUCCUUAUGUAGACUAUUCGAAGUGCUUCAUCAUGAGUCCGGACGACUAUAGUUUCCUUCAACUCAUUAUUGAACUUACAGUAAUCGGUUACGCAAUCUCUACGACCGCCCUAGUAAUCUCUCUUAUAAUAUUUUUCUCCUUCAGAUCUUUGAAGUGCACGAGGAUCAGAAUCCACACGCAGCUGUUCAUAUCGUUCGUUUUGAAUAACAUAACAUGGAUAUUAUGGUACGAAGAAGUUAUACCUUACUUAGAAGUUACCUUAAUGAAUCCGCUUUGGUGUCAAUUGCUCCACGUUAUACGAGAAUACUUUAUGAUCGCCAAUUACAUGUGGAUGUUCUGCGAGGGUCUUCAUUUGCAUUUAGCCCUAGUGGUGGUUUUCGUUCGCGAGGAACGUACCAUAAAGUGGUUCUACGGGCUGGGUUGGGGCCUGCCAGUUUUAAUUGUAGGCGUGCAUAACUUGGUUCGGUAUUUUUACACCAAAGACACGAAUAAGUGUUGGAUGGAUGAAUCACCUUUUAGCCACUGGUUUUUAAGCAUUCCUGUAUUAAUAAUUUUAGGAGUAUGUACAGCAUUUUUAUUAAACGUGCUUCGAGUGAUUCUAACAAUAAUGCGCCCUAACUCAUCAAACCCAGCACCUGUGGGAAUCCGUAGGGCCGUCAGAGCCGCCCUAAUUCUCAUCCCUCUAUUUGGAAUUCAGUACAUUUUGCUACCAAUAGUACCGGAGCCCGGGCAUCCCCUGUACCGGUCCUACAUGUGGCUGACGCUCAUCAUCGUACCUUUCCAGGGCUUGUGCUGUGCAUGUCUAUUCUGCUUCGCCAAUCAUGAUGUACGGCAAGCGCUGAAAGGAUGCUUCUACAAUUUGAGGCACCGGGACACGAGAUAUAGCAGUUACCGCUAUACUGGGGCGGCAGAUAGCGGCGGCGUUUACCUCGUUAAUGGCGGCAGUCUUCACAGAAAAUCCACUGUGACCACUAAACUCUAAAUAGGUGUAGGAGGAAAAUUCUUACAUCAUGUGAAUUCGUGAGUUCCAGACAUUUUUGAGUUUUGAAUGUGAAAAGUAGAGGGUGUUGUAAUUUUUAUAUUGUAGCAACUUUUAAAUUUUGUAUAUACUUAUUUUUUAUUUAUUUAUUAUUUAAAUUAACUAUGAAAAUACUCUAGUAAACUAGCAGAGAA